AUAUUCAUCCACUGUUCCUUUUCUAUCACUCGCAGACUCUCAUCACCAUCACGUCCGCAACACGCCACAGUUGAACACUCUCUCUCUCUCCAUUCUCCUAAAGCAUCAACAGGCGAACAAGGCAAACAUUGAGACAUAGCAGCGGCACCACAGCAUCAACUUCUCUUACGCCUCUCCACAUCCAAAUUUCAAAAUUUAAAUUUAGGUCCAGUGUCCUCAUCCAUGAUGAGCAUAAGCGGUUUUGCUGAGUAAUCCAGUGAUGAGAAAUGGGGGAAGCUGAUAUCAAUCGUGUGAAGUUGGAAGCAGAAUUUGAUGGAUCUAUAGUUGAAAAUGGAGUUUUGCACUCAUCUUAUCUGCCCCCCCCUGGGUGGGAUGUGCAGCCUAGAGCUCAAGAUUCUGAAGAUGAUAUGAUAUUAAAUGCUUUAAGCGCUGUCCGAAAUAGUACCACUGUAUUAGAAACAGCACAAACGCUAGAGGAAGAUACAGACUUCUCUGCUUCGCCUAUAUGUCCGGCACCACUGUGUCGACAAUUCUGGAAAGCUGGAAACUACGAAGAUGCUCCUGCCGCUAUAUCUCAAGUUCAAAACAGAAAAAAUCACUUGCAUGUUCACCCCAAGUUUCUUCACUCAAAUGCGACCUCUCAUAAGUGGGCUUUUGGAGCUAUCGCUGAACUUCUUGACAAUUCAAUAGAUGAGAUUCAAAAUGGAGCCUCUUUUGUAAUUGUAGAUAAAAUCUCGAAUCCGAGGGAUGGAACUCCAGCCUUGCUGACUCAAGAUGAUGGAGGUGGAAUGGAUCCAGAGGCAAUUCGGCGUUGUAUGAGUUUCGGUUUUUCAGAUAAAAAAUCUAAAUCAGCAAUAGGACGAUAUGGGAAUGGAUUUAAGACCAGCACCAUGAGACUUGGAGCUGACGUUAUAGUCUUCAGUCGGCACGUGAACAAUAGGACACUGACACAAAGCAUUGGUCUCCUGUCGUACACAUAUUUAUCACGAACGGGCCAAGACAGGAUAGUAGUACCUAUGGUUGAUUAUGAGUACGACAUGUCAACUGACACCUUCAAACCUCUGAAUCGCUAUGGAGAAGAGCAUUUUCAGUCAAAUUUAUCCAUCAUUUUGCAGUGGUCACCAUAUCAAACGGAAGCCAAGCUUAUGAAGCAGUUUGAAGACAUUGGAAAUCAUGGAACCAAAGUUAUUGUUUUCAAUUUAUGGUUCACUGAUGACGGGACGUUGGAGUUUGAUCUUGAUAGUGAUCCUGAGGACAUUCGCCUUCGAAAUUCUGAUGAUACUAAGAAAGUUAGAUCACAUAUGUUAAUAAGCGAACAGCACAUUGGCAAUCAAUAUCGUUAUUCCCUUCGUGUAUAUCUGUCCAUCUUAUACUUGCGGAUUCCACAAAAUUUCUGUAUUAUAUUGCGUGGGAAAGUUGUGGAGCAUUGCAGUAUAGCACAUGAUCUCAAAUAUCCAGAGUUCAUUAUAUACAAACCUCAAACUGGGGGAACUAAGGAGGAAAUAUUAACAACAAUAGGCUUUCUGAAGGAAGCUCCUAAUGUCAAUAUCCACGGCUUUAAUGUCUACCAUAAGAACCGUCUUAUAUUGCCAUUUUGGCAAGUUGUCAGCUAUUUAGACAGUAGAGGAAGAGGUGUUGUUGGGGUAUUAGAAGCAAACUUUGUGGAGCCUACUCAUAAUAAACAAGAUUUUGAGAGGACUUCGCUCUUUCAAAAGCUUGAAACUCGGUUGAAAGAAAUGACUUGGGAGUAUUGGGAUUAUCACUGUGGACUUAUUGGGUAUCAGGUUAAAAAGAAGACUCCAUCCUCACUUGACUCACCCUACAUUGCUCCCAAUUAUCCUAAACCUAUUAGCGUGGAUAGAAGUUCAAAAGUGAGGCAAUCAUCAGUUGGUCGAGCUGAUCCUGUGUCUACUUUACCUGCCGGAGAUCUUCUAGCUGCUCGAACCAGCAUCCAGCAGCAGUGUGGUAUAAAGAGAACACAAGAUGAUCUUUUAUCUUCUCUUGGAAGGGGGAGAAGGCAAAGCAGGGUAGAGCCUAACACUCAUGUUGCUGGGCAUUCUGCGGAAAUUCAGCCUAUUACUCUUGUUGCAACUGCGCGGAAUCAACAGGAGGCUAUGGUGUUGAGGCAGGAGCACAAUAAGCUUCGAGAAAAAUGCUUAGAAUAUGAAAAGUCCGAGGAGGAGCUCAAGUAUAAGGUAUCACGGCUUGUAAAGGAACUUGGAGAAGCACGAGAAGAGUAUAAGAGGAUGUUAACUGAGCUUCAGUCGCUUGAGGUUGUCAAGGCUGAAAACAAUGCGCAUGCUUGAUGUAGUCGUGGUUCUUUUUCAUGGCAUGAUGUAGUCUUGUCUGAUGUGAUAUUCGUAUUAUAUGCUUACAAAGUGAUUACAUGGAGAGAUGCGAUCUUCAUACCCAAGCUUCACCACGAAAGCUCACACUUAAAAUGCCAUUCCAAAUGGAGGUAGUUGCUGUAAGAAAUUGAUAUCAUUAUUAAUAACAGCAUGUAUCUGGAAGUAGGGUUAAGAACUUAAGAUCAGCACUAUGAAAUUUUAACCCAUAAGCCAGAAUUCCAAGAUCAGUGUUGCUUGCACAAGUCCAAAGUUAUUUACUAUAUAUCAAAUUAGAUGCCAGUUGAAAGGUAAAAAGUUCUGUAUCUAAAAAUCUGGAUCUUUCUUUGAUCGACUACAGAUAGGUAACUGCAGGAGUAAGAUGUUAUCCUCAUGAGUGCCAAUUUUUUUGUGUUCAGAUUCCAGGUCUUACUUUGUACAAGUGAUUUGUUGACUGAAUUAUCUUCAUGUUGCGUCCAAGAUUGCUAAAUCUUGGCAGAUGCUUCGUAGUUCAUGUCAAUUUACCAUCUUCCUCCAUUGUAUUCUUGCAUGUAGUUCUAAACAGUUUUCAUAUAUGCAACCCUGAGGGCUGAUAUAAGGGUUAAAUUUAAUUCUAGAAUAGUUUAGUUAAGAAAUUUAUGACAAAAUGAGGUGUUAAUCAAUGAUUUAUGUGUUUAGCUCUUUAACAUAUCCACUUUUAGCUUCUUAGGGCUGCAAAGAUCAUUUUCCCCUUUAUUAAAAGUUAAAACCUUUAAAUAUCUUCGGAAUGAUCUAAUGCCCAUAGUAACGGGCCUCUUGGCUGUAA